ACAUCGCCGCGGCUUGUUUCAGUUAUUACCUCAAGUUCGAAGUAUAUCAUCGUUAUCGUUUACAGAUUUUAGCGUGCUGGGGUCUUAACUGACAUUAAACAUCCCGAGGUUUAACUGCGACUCAAAGGAGUUUUCGGCCAUUGAGCCGCCAAGCGCCCCCUGGAGCAGGACUAGUUAUCCGUCACCUGAACAGUUUAACUAGCAGCGUCGACACACCUUAACUUUACUGUCACUCCAGCUGGACAGGAGACCGCGUCGGACACUGACAACUUUGACAAACCUGCGUUUUUUUUGCAGCAGGAGUCCCGCGCGAGGAUCGUCUCGAUGUCCGUCUCCGUCGCCUCACUGUCCCGUCUGCUCCGAUGCAGCCUGUCCUCGGCGGGCCGCGGCGUCCGGUGGAACAGCACCCGACUGGACGCGGACGGGAGCGGACGUCCCGCCACGUGGGACUCCUUCGGGAUCUGGGAUAACCGGAUAGAGGAGCCCAUCCUGCUGCCGCCCAGCAUCCGCUACGGGACCCCCAUCCCGCAAAUCAGCCUGUCCAAGGUGGGCUGCGCCUCUCACAUCGGCCGGCGGCGCGACAACGAGGACCGCUUCCAGGCCAGCACGCUCACGCACAACGUGCUCUUCUUCGCUCUGUUCGACGGGCACGGAGGGGCGCAGGCCGCGGACUUCUGCCACAAACACAUGGAGCAGCACAUCCGGGACUGCUUGGAGGCGGAAACGGAUUUACAGGCAGUUUUGUCUAAAGCGUUCCUGCAAGUGGAUGCAGCUUUGUCCGCCGAGCUGCGAAUGUACGGCAACGCCUCCCUGAUGACGGUGGGCACGACGGCGACGGUGGCUCUGUUACGAGACGGGAUCGAGCUGGUCGUCGGCAGCGUCGGAGACAGCCGAGCUCUGCUGUGCAGGAAGGGAAAAGUGCGCAAACUCACCGACGACCACACGCCGGAGAGGAAAGACGAGAAAUGCAGAAUACGUCAGAGUGGUGGGUUCGUGACCUGGAAUAGCGUCGGUCAGGCAAACGUUAACGGCCGCUUGGCAAUGACUCGCAGCAUCGGAGACUUUGACCUGAAGAAGAGCGGCGUGAUCGCAGAACCAGAGACCACUCGAACCCUAUUGCAGCACUCCCACGACUCUUUCCUGGUUCUCACCACCGACGGCAUCAACUUCAUCAUGACCAAUCAGGAGAUCUGUGACGUCGUUAACCAGUGCCACGACCCUACCGAGGCGGCAAACGUCAUUGCUGAGCAGGCUUUGCAGUACGGCUCGGAGGACAACAGCACGGUCAUCGUUGUCCCGUUUGGAGCCUGGGGAAAACAUCGGAACGCCGAAUACACGUACGACAUGAGCCGAAACUUCGCCUCCAUCGGCCGCUGGUCCUAACGGUGGUCAAAAGAUCAUCUCAACAUGAGAAAAACACUCCCAAUUAACAACCACACCGCCGCUCUCUGGUAUUCUCACUGUAAACUAAAAUCAAACUCCAGACUGAAGAUCGUGAAAACAACUAUUCUUCUGCAACUUUCCAUCCUAAAACAGAGUAAAGGUGGUGGGUAAUUAUUUUUACGAACAUCUUUACGAAUGAAUUCUGUGUAAAUUAUGUCAACGUUGAAUAAGGCCCUGCGAAAAUGAUCAGUGAUUACAUCAGAUUCAUCAAUUUUCCUGCCAAUAUAAAUCUAGAGCAAAUGGGUCUUUAUAACGUUUAAUUUAUUGACUGAAACUGUAUAUAUUAGCAUGCUAGUACUCAAUGUAAAAGUAACUUGUGAAAUAUACCAACCCAUACCUGUGCCCUUCCAUUCAAUAAAUAGUUAAUACAUCGUAAUAGCAA